GACCGACCCGCCGGCUGCGGCAUCCAUCACACCCCACCCCCACCCCCCCCCCACCGCCGCUCCGGUACCCGCCUUGCGGGGGCGGUGCAGGAGGGGAAUAUUAUAAAAAAAAAAGAAAAAAAAAAAAAAAAAAAAGGGGGGGGGCAGGGAAAACGGGAGCGGCCCACGUGAUGGGCUGCCGCAGCCAAUGAGGGCGGCAGGAGGUUGCGCGUGGCAGGCGAAGGCCGCGGGAGCCGCGAGCGGGGCGCGUGGGCCGGGGCGUUGCUCGGCGCCGCGUGGAGCCGCGUCGGCGGGAGGCAGAAUGGUGAACACACAUAGAACAUUAUCAGAACUCCAUAGAAUUUGCAUUUGAUUUGAGAGCUUGUAAGAGCAUUCAUCAUGGAGAAACAGCAGAUUGUCCUGGGUAGCCGGGAUGGUGGGACUGUGUCUGGUGCAGCACCUGCUUUUUUUGUCAUCUUGAAACAGCCGCAGGGAAACGGUAAAGCUGACCAAGGAAUCCUAGUAGCAAACCGUGAUGCUUGUGCUCUCGCCAGCAGUGUAUCAACUUCAAUAAAACCCGAAGUCAAGACCUGCCUCCCAGCUGAGUGUGUCUCGGGGGGCAUUACCGUCACCCUAGAUAACAACAGUAUGUGGAAUGAAUUCUACCAUCGCAACACAGAAAUGAUUCUGACGAAGCAGGGGAGGCGCAUGUUCCCGUACUGCCGAUACUGGAUUACAGGUCUGGAUGUCCAUCAGAGGUACAUCCUAGUCAUGGACAUAUCCCCUGUGGACAAUCACCGAUACAAAUGGAAUGGCCGUUGGUGGGAGCCCAGUGGAAAGGCAGAACCGCAUGUUCUCGGGCGAGUGUUUAUUCAUCCAGCAUCCCCUUCCACUGGCUAUUACUGGAUGCACCAGCCAGUAUCUUUCUACAAACUCAAACUUACCAACAACACCCUGGACCAGGAGGGGCAUAUAAUCUUGCAUUCUAUGCACCGUUAUCUGCCACGACUUCACUUGGUGCCUGCCAACAAAGCCACAGAAGUCAUUCAUCUCAAUGGCCCUGAUGUCCAUACAUUUACCUUUCCACAGACGGAGUUCUUCGCAGUUACAGCCUACCAGAACAUCCAGAUUACCCAGCUGAAAAUAGAUUACAAUCCUUUUGCUAAAGGAUUCAGAGAUGAUGGGUCGAAUAGUCGACCUCAGCGUGAUGUGAAACAAACCAGUAACUUAGAAUUGGAAGGAGGUGGUGUUUUUAGUGCUGCUAGCGUUCGUGGUCGCCCUGCUGAAGUUGCUGCAUUAGAUUUACAUCAGAGAACUUUAGAUUCUUCAUUCAUUGGUCAAAACCCAUCAGAUGCUGAUCUGGACAAAGAGUCCUUUAACGCAGAAAGGGAAUUCCUGGGUUUCCUGGACACUGACCUGUCUUCACAAGAUAUGCCAAAGCUAAAACAAGAGGUCUCUGAAAGUCCCAUUGCUAGCAGUUAUGAAAGCGGCUCCCGUGUGGCAUCCCCACUGGACCCAAAUGGACAUUUUAAUGUGCUCAUUAAAGAGGAACCAGUAGAUGACUAUGACUACGAGUCAAGUAUUUGCACACAAGGAAUAAGUGUGAAACAGGAAGACACAGAUGAAGAAACUGAUGAGUAUUCCAACACUGAUGAUGAUGAUCCUGUCCUACAAAAACACUUGAUGAGACGCAGUGAAAUAGAUGGAAUUGAUGGAGAAUUCAGGUUUAGGAAGCGUAUGCUAACCAGUCAUUCAGGUGUUGCCAAAGCAAAAAUGUUAAAACUGGAUAGUGGGAAGAUGCCUGUGGUCUAUUUGGAACCUUGUGCAGUCACAAAGAGCACAGUAAAGAUAUCUGAGCUGCCGCAGACCAUGCUCUCCUCUUGCAAGAAGGAUAAAUCCCCAUUGAGUGCAGUACUGGAUACCUUGCCUGUGUGUUUUGAAAAUCACAAAGGUUGUUGCUUAGGCACAGCCACUGUAACUGAGGAGUUAGUAAUGAAAAAACAGUCAUCUGGGAGUAAAAUGUUACAGAAAUACUCUUCAAUCAGAGAGGCCCAGUGGGCUCUCUCUAAAUCACCUAGUUUUAAUCUCAGGGGCUCAGUAAGUUGUCACUUUUCAGCUAAAGAGAUCUGUGGAAGAAAAAGGCCUGGCAUACUGAAGAAUCCAGUGUCCCUGAAGGGCUCUGGUAGCAAUCAAAACAACCUAUCAUCAGUUACAACUAAAAGAGGAAGGCCACGGAAACUGAAAAUUUCCAAGGCUGGUCGACCACCUAAAGGUAUAGGGAAAACUGUAAUAACGACCAAGAACACCUCUCUGGGUCCUGGGAGUAUCCUUCCAGAUGUUAAGCCCGACCUUGAAGAUGUUGAUGGAGUCCUCUUUGUGUCCUUUGCAUCAAAGGAAGCUCUUGACAUUCACACUGUUGAUAGAGCUGGAGGAGAAGAGUCGCAGAAUCUUCAGGCUCCUUUGCUGACUACAAAUGAUCCAGAUUGUCAAGCAAGAAUCCAAGUACUGGAAAAGGAAUUGAUGGAAGAGCUGAAGACCUUGAGGCAUAAGCAAGUAAUACAUCCCAGCCUUCAGGAAGUGGGACUGAAGUUGAAUUCUGUGGACCCAACAAUGAGCAUUGACUUAAAAUACUUGGGUGUGCAGCUUCCUCUUUCCUACUCUAAUUACUCUUUGUGGAGCUAUCCAGGAACCAAUCCCAAUUCUCCAGAUACUGGAUUUCCUUUUGUUUCCAGGACAGGAAAGACAAAUGAUUUCACAAAAAUUAAAGGCUGGCGAGGGAAGCUUCAUGGUGCUUCUAGAAAUGAAGGUGGCAGUUCAGAAGGUUCCUUGAAGAAUCGCUCAGCGUUCUGCAGUGACAAGCUGGAUGAGUACCUGGAAAAUGAAGGGAAAUUGAUGGAAACGAGCAUGGGAUUCUCUUCUAGCACUCCCACUUCUCCAGUGGUGUAUCAGCUUCCCACUAAGAGCACUAGCUAUGUGCGAACACUUGACAGUGUUUUAAAGAAGCAGUCCACCAUAAUUCCAUCAACAUCUUACACGUUCAAGCCUGUUCCUUUGUCAUCUACCUCUAGGAAGACAAAGACUCAAACCAGACAGGCAUCUACAAACAGUAGAGUAAAAUACAAGCCCAUACUGCCUUCACCUUUUUCUGCAAAGCAGAAACAGAACUCUUCAGCAUCAGGGGAAAAGGCCGCUAAGUCUGUCUCAAAUAGCAGUUUGAAUAACCAAGCAGAUGGUUUCAUGGUGCCAGCUCUGGAUGAAAACAUACUUCCAAAACAGAUUAGCUUGCGCCAAGCACCACAACAACAAGGAGCUCGUCCACCAGGUUUGUCUAAGUCUCAAGUGAAGUUAAUGGACUUGGAAGACUGUGCUCUCUGGGAUGGCAAACCACGGACCUAUAUUACAGAAGAACGAGCAGACAUCUCUCUGGCAACCCUGCUUACGGCUCAGGCUUCUCUCAAAAACAAACCUAUCCACAAAAUAAUAAGACGACGAGCACCUCCUUGCAAUAAUGAUUUCUGUCGACUGGGUUGCAUAUGUGCCAGUUUGGCCCUGGAGAAACGUCAGCCUACCCACUGCCGCAGGCCAGACUGUAUGUUUGGUUGUACUUGCUUGAAGAGAAGAGUGUUGCUGGUGAAGGGAGCAUCAAAACAUAAGAAAAUAAUGAAAAAGGGUGUGCGUGGAAAUCUUGCGUUCUAUGGAACACAGGAAGAACAUCAAGAGGAUGAAGAUGUGGAAGAGGAGGGUGAUGUGGAAGAAGAUGAGCUGAAGCAGAAGGAUAAGAAGAAGAGAAAAAGAGUGGAAUACACUAUCUGUGACUCGGAGCCAGAACAGCCUGUUAGGAAUUGUCCGUUGUGGGUGAAAGUAGAAGGUGAAAUAGAUCCAGAGCCAAUUUACAUCCCAACACCUUCUGUUAUUGAACCAGUUAGAUCUUCAGUAGUGCCCAACACAGAAGUCAUGCUUUCUAGUAAGCAUAGAUCUUCCAGUGGAAUGAAAACAGGCAGAGUGUAUACUCCUAAACCCAAUCCAGUGAUUCGGGAGGAGGACAAGGAUCCUGUCUACUUGUACUUUGAAAAUAUGAUGACGUGUGCCAGGGUCCGAGCAUAUGAACGCAGGAGAGAGAACAAAAAGCAACAGAAACUUAAAAGCGAAUCACAGAGUUGUAGCAUAAAGGAGCACGAACCAGAGCUUCAGUCUUUUGAGAAAUCAGCCUGUGAGGUAGACAAAGACAAUGAUAAAUCAGGAGAGAAAAGCUGGUGGUCUUCCCGUAGUGAGGGGGACUCUUCCUCCACCUCCUAUGUUCAUCACACCACUCCGGGUGGACCAACCAAACUUAUCGAGAUUAUCUCUGACUGCAACUUGGAGGAAGAUCACAAUAAGAUCUUGACCAUCUUACCACAGCAAAUCAGCAGUAACGCGCCACAGUGCCUCAAAGUCGGUAGCUUCAUUAUUGAAUUGGCUUCGGAACACAAGGCCCAGGAUGAGAACCACCCUCCUGUCUACUCCUCCAGAGUGAAAAUUUCAGUGCCGUCCUACCAGGACAAGGACAAGAAGCUUGAGAUACCUGUCUUGGAGACUCCUGAUAGCGGAGUGCCGUCAUGCAAAAACCCAGAAAAUCUAAAGUUCUCGCGGGCAGACACAUUGGAUGAACUGCAGGAGAAGUUGCAUGGGGGCAAAGGCUUGCCUUUUUAUGCAGGGGUUUCUUCUGCGGGAAAGCUGGUCGUCUACAAACGCAAAGCUAAUGUGAGCCCCUCGGGCUUAAUUCAGGUUAAUGAUAAAAGGUAUCCUCAGGCCAAACUGCUUUUGGGACAGAUGGGGGCAUUACAUCCUGCCAAUCGGCUAGCAGCUUAUAUCACAGGCAGGCUGCGACCCACAGUACUUGAUAUCUCAACCCUCAGUACUGUGAUCUCCAAGGUAGCAGCCAGUGCUAAAGCAACUGCUUCUGGGACACCAUCAGUCCAGGUGCCCACAACAUCAGCUCCCAAAACUACAUCUUCCACCAGCACUACUUCAACCCCCACUGUGACGACUCUGAAAACCCAUGUCCCAGCACAGAGACAGAUAGCUGCCCGACCCUCACCUGGUGGUGUGUUCACACAGUUUGUGAUGAGCAAAGACGGAGCUCUACAGCAGAAGAUUCCUGCAGCGAGCACACGCCAGCCUCUGUCAGGGCCACAGAAGUUCAGUAUCAAGCCUACGCCGAUAAUGGUUGUUGCUCCUGUGGUUCCCUCAAGGCCAUCACCAGCUCAGUGCACAGUCUCUCCUGGGGUCAGUACAGUCACCACCACUUCUUCUGUUUCUGUGGAAAGUACCAGUGUGGCAGCAUCUACUGUGACCACUCCUAGCCAAACAAGAGCUAAUGAACCUGCCUGCUCUCCUUCUGCAAUUACAGUCACAGCUGUUUCUGCAACACCGGCAAUCAACACUUGUACUGCUCCCUCAUCCACCGCUCCCACUGCCACUGUGAACAUAACACAAGCAACAGGGACUGUUGCACCAGUAGCAACCGCACCAUUCCCUAAAACUGUAGUAACAACACCAACUGUUACUUGUCCUGUUAUCACAACAUCCACUUCCACAGUUGUGCUGACAACAGCUGCAACAACUACAUCCGUGGUGGCCACACCAACUUCCUCUGCUGGCUCUGUUCCGAUUAUACUGUCAGGAGUUAAUUCAAGUCCUUCACUGAAUCCAAAAAGAGAAGAUGCUGCUCCACAAGCUGUAAAUAAGACCCCUCAGAAGAUGUCUCCUGGAACAGAGAAACGUAUAGGACCUCGACUGUUGCUGAUUCCAGUGCAUCAGACAUCUCCUGCUUUGCGACCGCUCAACAAUGCCCAGCUUGCUCAGAGGCAGAGGAUGAUCCUUCAGCCUCUCAGGAGUCCUGGUGCUGUGAACCUCUUUAGACAUCCUAAUGGGCAGAUAAUCCAGCUUGUCCCUCUGCAUCAGUUUCGAGCCGCAGGUGCCCAGCCCAGUGUCCAGCCAGUGAUGUUCCGCAAUCCAGGAUCUAUUGUAGGAAUCCGCUUGCCUGCACCUUCUAAGCCUCCAGAGUCACCCGUGUCUCCCACUUCCUCUGUGUCUUCCACUUCUGCCACAAAUUCAGCUGUACAAACUGCAGUACCCAAGUUGUCCCCUACAUCUAACCUAACCACUCAAGCAUCUUCUGUUCUUCCUUCAGUAGCAAGUUUUGUGUCACAGGCAGGCACUCUGACCCUGAGGAUCUCUCCUCCUGCUGCGAGCAGCGUGACAAAUCAAACAGCUUCCGAGUCUAAAAUAAGCUGCAGCUCCGGUGGUCUGCCAGCUACCACUGCUAAUCUCAUACCUUUACAAUCUGGUAGUUUUGCUUUACUUCAGCUCCCUGGACAGAAGACUGUGCCAAACUCCAUUCUUCACCAUUUUGCAUCUCUUCAGAUGAAGAAGGAUUACAGGAAAAUAUGCAAGAAAGAGGACUCGGGUGCUGCUCAGCAGAAGGAGAAUGGAAAGGCUUCACGCUCAGGUGACACUGAAGUUAGAGCGUCUGAGGUCACAGUGUCAGAUAGGAAACAACAAAAGGAGUCGUCAGUUAACCGCUCAAAUAAUGUUGAAACGUCAGCAUCUGGCACAGUCACACCCAAUAGAAAUUCUGCUACGUUAGAGAUGGUGGAGAAGGACUCAAAGGUGCUGGAGAGUUCUUGUGAUGAUAGCUCUUCUUCUCAGCAUGAUGUUUCUGCAGAUGUCAUAUCAUCUGAUCAUUCGUACAUCAGUGAGAAGCCAAAUGAUGAGGAAGAAAAAGAGGCUUCUGAGGAGAAAGAGCAUUCUCUCAGUUCUGAAACUGUAGCGGAGGCUGUUCCAUCUAACUCUGAAACUCUUUGCGGGUCAUCAGAUCAGUCUCUGAUUGCUGCUCUGGAUAAUGCACAUCCACAGAGUCUUGAGAAUCAAGAGACUGCACAGUUGAAGAACCGUGGAAAGGAACAAACACAUGCUGAACAGGAAGAGAAACCAGUGAAAGAGCAGGAGGGAGGUGCACAGACACAGAUGAAUGAGGACAACAAGGCAAGUUCUGGGCAGUCACAGCAUCAACAAGAGCAAGAUACACAGCUGGAGAACAAGAAGGAACAGAGAGGGACUGAACUGUCUCAGAACAAACAACAACGCCAGGGUGAUGCUGUGCAGCCAGAUACUGAAAGGAAGGAGUACAAGGGCUCUACAGAAGCAGAAAGUGUAAGAGAGAAAAAAGGAAGUAAGUCUGAAACAAGUUCUGUGAAAGAGCAGGAUAAUGCUUCAGGAGAAGAGCAUACAGUCACUACUGAGGAAGGCAAAGCAAACAUGGCUAGGCAGGAAGGCAGUAACAACAAAGAACAAGAUGCUUUUGAUUCUCGUGAAGAAAUCAAAACAGGCCAUGAUAUUGUAACACAUGUCAACAGUUCCUGGAGCAAAAUAUCUAGCAUUGUACCCACUUUAGAAAAUAAAAGUGAGGUGGAUAACAAAGCUGAUACAUCUGAGAAAAGUGACUUCCCAACACCAGAACAGAGGGCACAGGAAGCUAGGCAUGAGAAAACGGCUUACAUGCCCACUGUUGAUAUAACUGCUGAUGAUUCGGAAGAGGAAGAAGAGGAUGAUGAUGAUGAGGAUGAAGAGGAUGAAAAAACUGAUGAUUCUGCUGAUGAGAUGCUGGAUGGUGCUUCUGACUUCCCAAGUGAAGAGGAAGUGGAUGUUGAAAAAAUGGAUGCGUGUGCAUACAGUGAGGAUGACGAGCAGGUGGACAUUGAGACCGUGGAGGAGCUUUCAGAGAAGAUUAACAUUGCCCGUCUGAAGGCCACAGCUGCUAAUAUCCAACCUUCCAAACAGAAAUACCAUGCUCGUAAUUCUUCGGAUGAAAAAUUAUCAGAAAAACCUACGAAGCAGAAACGUCAAUUCCGGAACAAAAAGCUGAAGACUGAGGCAGAAGCCUUUGCUCAUUACCGCCAGACACACACAGCAAAUGAACGCCGGCGACGUAAUGAAAUGAGAGAUCUCUUUGAAAAGCUGAAGAAGACUCUGGGCUUACACAACCUUCCCAAGGUCUCCAAAUCCUACAUUCUCAAGCAAGCCUAUGAAGAAAUACAGGGAUUGACUGAUCAGGCAGAUAAACUUAUUGGACAGAAGAACUUACUGACACGCAAACAAGAUGUUUUGAUUCGGAAAGUAUCCACGCUUUCAGGGAAAACAGAAGAGGUGGUCCUGAAGAAGCUAGAAUAUAUUUAUGCCAAACAAAAAGCAGUAGAAGCACAGAAAAAGAAGAAACAAGCUGAGCCGGAGGAACUUGCUGUAACCUCAACUGCUAGCACACAGCAAGGAGGAUCUUCUGCUCCUUCCAGAGAGCUGGCCCAGGUGGCUAUGACAAACAGAAGAGGCAAGCCACUGAUCCUCGCCAGAAAAGGAGUCCGUGCCACAGAGGACACCUCAUCCUCUCUUACACUAACUGCUGCGAGCCUCGUGAUGACUCCGCAGGGGCAGGUGCUUACACUGAAGAGCCCGCUGGUGCCAGGGCAGGUAGCAGCAGUUCCUUCCACACUACUGCAAGCUGAAUUAAAGCCUCGAGCUCUCAGUACCACCAUGACAGCACAGCCAGGUAUUGCUUCUGUGAUGAUCCAGCUGCCAGGAUCAACGGUUCCUGUCCAAGUAAAAGGAAUCCUUACUAACUCUACCAUUCCCAUUACACUGUCAGCUGUAGCUGGAAACCUGCUGCCCUCAACAGUAGUAUCGGCUACAGAGCCCCGCUCAGAAAGCGAAGAUUCGUUCGUGAUGCCAAAGAUUGUUAAUGUAACAUCACUGGCUGCUGAAGGAAGCAUGGGUCUAAACCUGAACAGAAACAAAAAUUCUAAUACAACACCAGCUGCAGGUACUCAGGCUCCUGAGAAAUCCUUGGUUGUAGCACCCCUUGAAAGUAGGAAGAGUGAUAGUACCCUUUCAGAGGAAAAAGCCAAACCAUGUCCCGGAGACAGUGGCAGAGAUGGAAGGAAUACCACAGGUCCUACAAAAGUUUUCUUUGAAAACAAAGAUGGCUUUCCACAGCUCCGGAACGUACCGUGUACCAAGGAACCUCCAGAGUCCUUCAGCAAAAAGCUCUGCCUUGGUGAGUUUGUAGGAAGCCAAGCUAGGAGGACAGUCAGUGAUCCUGGAGGGGAAAGAUUAAAAUCGAAAGAAUUGCCAUUCCGCAAGCUGCAGAUCAAAGAUUCCAGGAUAGAAAUGGAACUGAGGAAAGUAGCAUCUGCGAUGGAGGAAGCCGAACUGGAUGCGGGCGAGUUACUGAGCAGCAUCGAGGACAGCGACGACACUGAUGAAACCCUCACUUCGCUGCUCAAUGAGAUCGCCUUCCUCAAUCAGCAGCUGAACGAUGAUGUUUCAGCUAUGUCAGAACUGCCCAGCACUCUCAACUCGGAUUUCUCUCAUGAAGGUGCAGAAGCUCGUCGGGGAACAGGCGGUGAUCUCGCCGCUGCAGACGCAUCUUCCUUCCAGUUCGGCCAUUUGGGAGGCAGUUUUAAGGAUCUUUCCGAAGUUCCAGAGGGUGGUGGCUCUAUAAGCCCUCUCCUGCUGCACUUGGAAGAUGAUGACCUUACUGACGGGGAUAAGAACUCUGGGGAGCCUUCAUCCGAAGCAGAUGUUUUAAAGAUAGUAAUAGGUGCUGAGAUGAAGGAUCCGCUUCCCAGUCUGUCUGCAACCAGUGGUGGGAAUGGCAAAACCGUAACAACCUUGGCAGAGACCGCUAGUGUGACUCCACCAGUUUUGCAGAUGAAAACUAAUCCAGAAGCUAGUAAUGCUGACACUUUGUGGAGGCCCAUGCCCAAGCUGGCACCACUUGGCUUAAAAGUGGCAAGUCUGCCAGCAGACUCAGAAGGGCAGAGUAACAAAGUGAUGCCCUUAUUGGCACCUGUAGUUGCAAAACUGGCACCCAGUGGGGUAAAAGCUUCAUUACCUGCAACUGGUCAAGAAGGACAGGAUAACAAAGUGAUGCCCACUUUAGCACCUGUGGUUAUGAAAUUGAAUACUACUGGGACCUUGCCUUCAAAUUCAGCAGGAAAAUAAAUGCCUGUAUUUUUUAUCAAAGACUGGAAUGAAGAUCUGGAGCAGCGUGAACCAGUGUCAGAGUUCAGCAACCUCCCUUUGUCUGCAUCACUUGUUUUCUGUACGGCAUCAGCACUCUGUUCAUCUGAGGGCAGGCCCCAAAUUGAGAAAUAAGUGCUAUGAAACUUUAAGCAUGUUGACAUAUUUUUACCUCACUAUUGUAUUCUGGGUGUUCUCCUUCCCCUUCACAAAACAAGGAAGAUGUUCUAUAACCAUUGCUGGGCACAUGGUAUCCUUCCAAAAUUGGGUCCUUCACAGAAAUAGUUUGUCAAAGGACUGAGAAACCUAGGCUAUUGAAAGAGAUUUUUUUAAAUUUUUUUUCCCUCCCCCCAAGUAGGGAGGCAGUUGUUUUGUUGGGGAAAAAAAUCUGAAUUACUUGUCUUUGUACCAGGCAAAUUAUCUAUGCAGAAAUGGGAUUGUUCACAUUUGCUGUUUUUAAUGUUUGCGGAAUAGGAUGAAUGUGCAGAAGUGAGAUUGUGGUUACUCUCAAACUUGUGACCUAGAGCAGCAGAAGGGAAGUCUGAGACUCUGCAGAGGGCUGAAGUGAAAAGGUUUUGUUCUUUGGUGCUAGAUAGUUCUCUUGCCGAGACUCUUUUUAGGAGCUUAUGCACAGAAGAUUUUAAUAAACACCUGUAGUUCUCACUACAUGGGGAAGAAAAUUAUAUUUCCCAGUGUAAUUAGAAAUAGGACAGUAUGUUAACUGUAAUAAAAGUACUUUAAAAAAAAAAACAAAAAAAAACAAAAAAAAAAAACAAACAAAAACCCCUCACUUUUGCCUCCUGCCCCUAUACAAAUAUACAAAUACUCCCUGCUUUGAUGCUUAGAGCAUCUGGAAGGAAAAAUUACAGAGAGUAGAAAGAAAUUUGGGCACCCUAUUGCUACAUCUUUAAAUACAUUGCUGAAGUAGCUUGAGUGUUUUCCCAGUUGUUGUUUUCUUUCCUCCUGUCAUUCUUUAAGAUGUAUGUGGUGGCUAGGAAUGUUAAUAGGAAGUGUUGCUUCAUAAAAAUACAGAAAGCUUUCAGGACUGUUGUAGCCAAGCAUAAAUGAGCGAGGUGUAUAUGUGAAUGUAUAUAUGAAAAUAUGUGUAUAUCUUUCCAAACUUUCAAUUUCUUUAUAAAUUCAGGAAAGGUACUCAGAGGUUUCUCACUGCAUUUGCACAAGCUGUGUAUAGCAAAAAAAAGUCAACAAAAAUGCUCAUUACCAGGGAAAUAGGGCAGUAUUGAAUCACAAGAUGUAUUUUUUAUUCUUCUCUGCCACUACUUACUCAAUAAACCUGUAGAUACUCUUCACUGUUCAGCUGUUGGAUGUGAAGGGCCUACAGGCUGUAAAGAUAUUUAUAUUUUUGUACACAAUUUUUGUUUUCGUAGUUUUCUUGACAAAUGAAAUUUUCAGCCUAGGAGAGAUGAUUUGUUAAUGAGUGUAUACGCAAUCUUUUCCUGUCAAGUUUGUAAACAUGAGUUAUGGUGCGCUUGAGGGGCUUCUUGACUGCUCCGAAAAGGUAAAAAAAAAAACAAAAACAAAAACCAAAAACAUUGCCAUGAAAAUGAUACAGAUUUUGGUGGCGCAUUUUGCUUUAUGUUUAGAAAUGUAAUCCUCUGUCUUACUGUUCCAGCAACAGCAGAUGGGAUUCUCCCCCCCCGCCCCCAGACUUCCCCAUCCUUGGUGAUGCAGUAGUGCAGGAAUUUCAUCUUUCCCAGCAGCGAGGUGGAGCAGGUGUCGAGGGUGCUGUUGUUCCGCAGUUGGGGAGCAGCGUUUGCGCACAGCGCAGCCACGCGCCCUGCUCAGUCAGCUGCACUUCCUGGACCUGCGCCUCGCUCAGCCCCCCCGGGCACGCAUGUGCCUCGGGUGUUUCCUCACCUUUUUUACAAUUUUAUAUUACGCUGCAGAGGAGAGAAGCCCUUCAAGCUCGGUAUGCGUAAAGUUACUCCAGAGCCUACAUAAAAAAAGGUUCUUCACCUGGCUAUUCUAAACGGUGUGGUUUAAGGCAGUUAGGUAUGAGUCUUUAUUGCUUUUUGCAUAUUUGGUCUUUUAAUAUUUGAUACAAGUCCUGGUGAUUUGGAAGAGAAAGUAGAGAUCAGCAUGAGAAUCAUGCAGGGUCUUGCAGUUGCCACUGAAUGCCUUAGAAAAGGGAAUUUACAGUGUCAAUAAGUAUUUAGACAUACGUUGCUUAUUAUUAAAGCAUUUUAACCUUAUUUUAAACCAGUGGAAAUAUGGAGUAACUGAAUUAGUUUAGUAGCACUACAUCAGACUUCAGUUUUUUUACCUGGGAAUCUGGUUCUGAGCAUUUCUAAUAGGCUGAGGUUGCUUAUUUUUUUACUGAUGGCAGUUUGUUUCGCCAGUAGAUUUCAUUCCUCCUGUAUGUGAAACAGCAACCAGAACUGUGCCGUGAUUCCUUUCAGAUUCCUAAUCACUGACGUUUCUUUCUGCACCUUAUCAUUUUAUGGUUCAAAAUGUCUAAUUUUAGAGUUGUGUGCUCAUCGUAUCUGAAUACUUUUUAAAAGUAUGUGUGCUUUGCACACUUUGAUGGGACGGAGAAAGCUGUAAUAUGAAAACCAUUCAAAUAUUAUCUAAAAUAAAUGCUGUAGUUCUGAGGAUGUUUUGUCCAUUAUCAAGGUAAUGGAAAAUGCCUGGAUGUAUUUACUGUUUGGCACUGGGCAGUAAGGAAUGUUACUGCAAUAAAAACGUACUGUGUAAAGAUGACAGCAAAAAUUUUCAGUUCCUGAACAUGAGUGCUAAAUUAACUAAGAACAGACCCCAAAUUUGGCUGCAAAAGGUGGUAGUUGGUGCAGUUCCGAGAAGGAUCUAUGAUGGGUUCUACCAGGCAACAAAGCAUGUUCGAAAUGCUCUUGGUUUUUGCUCUCCUUGUUGCACUGUCUCAUGUCUGCAGCUUAAUAUUUUGCCAUGAAUUUAAAUGCCGACUCGUCUUUUUUCUUGCUCUUCCCUCAAGCUCCCAUUGGUUUGGAAUAAACCUUUUAGAAGUUACAUAUGCUGUCUUUUGAGGCAAUAAUGCAAGCAUAUGACACGUAAUGAAAAGGUUUUAGAAUCGGGAGAACAGAGGAAACCCCUGCAAGGCGCACGUUCUCACUAGACCAAGAGACCUGGAGAUUUUCUUUGUUUUUUACACAUCUGUAAAUAGACUGGAAUGUUUUUAAGAAUAUAAUGAAAUGUCAGAUUUAGCUUUUUUCCUUUUAUAUAUUAAAAUAUAUCUUUCCCUCUUUUCUGCUUUUGAAAAAUUGAUAUUUUUGUAGAAAUCUAACAGUACAGGACUCUGAAAUAACUGUAUGUGAGGGACAAAGUGUAAAACUAAAAUAAAUCAAUUGAGGUCGACUAGAAA